AUGCCUCUAUGGAGAGGCGAGAACGAUCAGCUGAACUCCGAGACCGCUCCAUCGCCGAACAGCUGGGACAUGUGUCGCCCCCUCGUCGUCCUCCUCAAGCAGUGGCUCAAGAAGCUCUCAAUACCGAAAAUCAAUACCCACCUUUUGAGCCACAUCUUGGCGGCAAUGAUGAUCGACUUGCUACACCUGAAGAAGACCUCCCAAGUACUGCGCAUGCUGCAUACCAUCGGGCCCGCCGUUAUGCAGAGACACGGGAGAGGACCAGUCAACUCUGGAGUCAACUCGAGUCAAGUGUCACAGCUACAUUCACUCUUCGUCAGAGAAUCACCACCAACUUCACCACGCAACCAAGUGGGUACGAAUUACCCCCAGAUACCUGCACCUGCAGCCCAUCAGAAAUACACACGAGAAAGGUUGACCUAUUUGACAUGCUCUGCUUAUGUUGAAGUAUGCACAUUACAGCUAGACUGGAACGACAAACUUAUCAAGGUGUUUCAAAGGACGAUGUCACAAGAUGGAGACAAGAAUCUACUCAGCACAUGGAACAAACAAGUUUUGCGAAUCAAACAUGCAAUCACUAACAAUCUUCUCUCAGGCAUCCCAGGCGACUGUGCUGAUCUUGUUCCAUUUAUGAAUCAAAACAAUCACCUGGACUUGCUGUUGCCUCUCAAUGAAAAUGGACCAGAUGAAGAUGACAACGAGCAAGAAUAUUUCGAAAACAUGGAACAUAUACUCUCUGAAACAAUGCGCGCCAAUCUUUUCCAUGAAGCAGCUGAAACUCCUGUUUCUGUUGAUGAAGAAACAGAUCAUCAAUCUGGUACUAUUAAUCCAUAUGCACACGCACCUUGA